UCGGAUGUAUUCGCUGAAUUUAGUCAGUCGCUCGUCGGCAGUGUUACAAGGUACAAUGUGGUCGCCACGGGUUGUCCUACUUUUCCUGGCUCUUGCAUUAGGCCAACCGGACGAGUUGGUGGAGGCCGCUGGUCCGCUGAAGGUGCUGGGACUGUUUCCCCAUCCCGGAGUUAGCCACUUCCACUUCUUCCACCCCAUCAUGAAGGGUCUGGCCGAGGCGGGACAUGACGUGAGCGUGGUUUCCCACUUCCCGGACAAGCAUCCGGUUGCCCACUACAAGGAUUUCCCCCUCACCGGGAUGGACAAGCUCACGAAUAGUGUUGAUCUCAAGUUUUUCGAGAAGCGCACAUUCUACAGUCACUUCCAGGAGUUCUUCCUGCUGUACGAGUGGGGCAAGCAGAGCUGCAACCUAACGCUCCGUUCGGAAGCACUGCAGCAGAUCCUGAGGCGUCCGGGACGCUUUGAUGUGAUCAUCAUGGAGCAAUUCAACACCGACUGCAUGAUGGGGGUGGCCCACAAGCUCCAGGCGCCGGUAAUCGCACUCAGCAGCUGUGUGAUGAUGCCCUGGCACUACGAGAGAAUGGGAGCUCCUUUGAUACCCUCGCACAUCCCGGCGCUCUUCAUGGCCCAGUCCCAGCACAUGGACUUUGGCGGACGACUGGCCAAUUGGUUUAGCACCCAUGCCUUGAAUUGGAUGUACAAAUUACUAUCGGUUCCCGCUGCCGAUGCCAUGGUUCAGUACAAAUUUGGACACGACGUGCCCUCGGUAGGUGAGCUGGUGAAGAACACAUCCAUGUUCUUCGUGAACCAGCACUACUCGCUGUCAGGACCCAAGGUAACGCCGCCCAAUGUCAUCGAGCUGGGUGGCAUACACAUCCAGAAAUCGAAGCCCCUGCCCGCCGAUCUGCAGAGCAUUUUGGACAAUGCCGAGGAAGGAGUGAUCCUGAUCAGUUGGGGGUCAAUGAUCCGAGCGAAUUCCCUGUCGGUGGCGAAAAGGGAUGGCAUUGUUCGGGCGGUGGCUCGAUUGAAGCAGAAGGUUAUCUGGAAAUGGGAGAACGAAACACUGCCUAAUCAGCCAUCCAACAUGUACAUUAUGAAGUGGCUGCCACAACGCGAUAUCCUCUGUCAUCCCAACGUCAAGGUGUUCAUGUCCCACGGAGGACUCAUGGGCACCUCGGAGGCAGCUUACUGCGGAGUCCCAGUUGUAGCUACACCCAUGUAUGGCGAUCAGUUCGUCAAUACGGCCGCUUUGGUCGAGCGCGGCAUGGGAACUAUCCUGAAUUUCGAGGACAUAGGGGAGAACACGGUGAUGAGGGCACUGAAGAAGGCACUGGACAAGAAGUUCCAUGAUGCUGCCAAGGCAGUCUCCCACUCGUUCCACCACCGCCCACAGCAGGCCCUACAUACAGCCAUUUGGUGGGUGGAGCAUGUGGCCCACACUGGCGGAGCUCCUCUGCUGAAGCCCAGUGCCGUCGAGAUGUCCCGAUUCGUGUACUACUCCCUGGACGUCUACGCCGUGUUGGCCGUGGUCCUGGGCAGCAUCAUUGCCAGUUGGGUGUGGCUCCUUCGACACUGCUGCGGAUCCAGUGCUGCCCAGAAGACCAAGAGGGAUUAGGUCGCCUCUUCCCUGCACAGCUUUGUUUGUGGUCUAUGUGAUAUUUUGUACGAGUAUGUUCUGUGUAAGACAUUUUUAAUUCUAAAGACGCCUACACCACGGAUUGUAUCUAGAUGUAAUAGUGACGCCAAAUGAAAUUCAAGUUUGCUACGAUUGGGAUUUACCCGUUUAGAACGAAUAUUGUUUCUAGUAUGGGAAAUCAAAAAAUGUUAUAUAAUAUAUUACCCUCUUUUCAAAAGCAUUGCGAAUCAGGAAUGUUGAUAAUUUGAUGAUGCCAAAAUAAACAACAUAUUUUUAAAUAAAUGGAAAUAAACCAUUUAGUGGAAAGAAAAUA